UCAUCUCUAACUACUCACAAUCUUGUGUUAGCCGCGGUAACGGUAACGAAUCCUUAUCUAAGAAAUUUAAAAUUGUUUCAAGAUUACAGAACCGUUUGUUUUCAAAAUGAAGCUGCUAAUUCUUUGCCUUUUGGUGUUCACCUCUGUGUGCUUCGUUUUCGGUGACGAAGAAGAAAUCAAACCGAAUUUUGUCGACUUGGAUGAGAACGAUGAUCAAGUAUCCGAUGAAUCACCAGAAGAGUUCAAGGACGAAGGAGACAACCAGUAUAUGUUGGAUGAAGAAGACCUCGAUGAAGAAGAUGACAGUGAACCCGGGGAUCCUGAUGGCUUUAAGGACGAUGAUAAUGAUCCAAAUUCAACAAAAGCUAAAGGAAGAAAACCCGACGUCAAAGCUAAAAUCGAUGAAAUAGGAAAACCAGGAACUGGGGAACCCACAGGCAGUGGCGAGCCAGGGUCAAAUAUGAAGGAAAAUCAGAGCGCUGAGGGAAAGCAAGACGAGAACCUGAAAGACGCUGUGGAGGACAAGCUGGGAUUGAACUCCGCAGGAGAGUCGGAUGACCCAGACUUCGUCACCAAGAAAUAACUCCAAAUGUGGCCUCCACUGCCAAAAAUAAUACCACUGGCGAUCAAGAGGCAUAACUUAUACUUUUAUGGUGCACAGAUAUACGUUUUGUUACAAUUUUUGCUCAAAAUUAAGGGGAAUUUUUUUUAAGAAGUAACUGAGGUUUUUGGUUUACUUUUUUUUUACAGUUUUGCUUUUAACAGACAAACAUAUACAUUCCUAUUUUUGUUUCAUUUGCUGCAAGAGUUUACUUGUCAAUUGAUUUUUAAAUUUUAAAAUUUAUUAAAGAGUGUUGCACCCCUAUACAAAG